GGCGUCAAACACAUCCUCCACUUCUCCGACGCCCACCUCAACAUCUCGGAGUCCCUGGACGCGAAUGAGUCCGCCGAGAUUCCGAUUCAGUACGGCUACGACGCCCCUAUCAGUUUGCUGACUUCUGCGCUCGAGUACGCCCAGCAAAUUCUCCCCAACCCAGAUUUCUUCUUGUACACGGGAGACCACGCUGUCCAUGGCGAUCCAUCGGAUGAGUACCUCGCUGAGGCGGUGAAGAUCAAUGUGGAGACCAUGGCCCAGUACUUUUCUGGUUCCGGCAACCAGACGCUCAACGCUACAGCCAUUCUCGGCGAUACCGAUGUGAAGAACUACACGAUGGACGUGACAGACCCCACCUCCGAGGAGAACCCGACGAUCGAAGUCGUGUCUCCGGCGUGGAGUGACGCGCUCAACGCUUCCAACCUCAAGGAUCUCAACACCCGCGGCUACUUGUCGUACAAACUAGACGAGAACUUGCUGCUGCUCACACUCAACACGGUGCCAUACUCGCCGAAGCACUCCCCGGAUACAUCGAACGAAACGGACCCGCUCGCUCAGUUUGCCUGGUUAAACGCCACGCUGUCGGGACUGCGCAACGGCGGCAAGUACGCGUACAUAGCUGGCCACAUCCCGCCGAUCAUCGACGCGCAGGACGGCUCGCCAAUGUGGGAGGCCUCGUACAUCGUAGAGUACAAGAAGAUUGUGACCCAGUACGCGGAUGUCAUCAAGGCGCAGAUCUUCGGCCACACGCACAGCGUCGAGUUCCGCCUGCCCCUCACUUCAGACAUGGAGGCGCAAGACCCGGACGAAGUUAUCGCAGCCGACGAUGACGAGACCCAGAGCUCGCAGCUCGUGCCUUUGUUCACAUCGGCCGCCAUCUCCCCCAUCUUCUACAACAACCCGGCCUUCAUGGUCUGGGACUUUGACGCCAGCACGUACGAGCUUCUGGACUUCGCGGUCUACGGCACCAACAUUUCC